AUGUCCGUUGGAGCAGUUGUCCCAUUCAUCAACGACUUUUUGGUCAUCAAAGGAGAUCCCGCCAUCACCAUUGGUGCACCCGUCCCCGAAGGACGCACCAAAGUCGUCGUCCUUGAGUUCUGGGCCACCAUCCCUCACCUCUCGGAGCUGCAGCGCAAGUUCAAGGAUGUGGACGUAACCAUUAUCGGCGCCACCAAUGAGCAGGAUGAAGGCAAAAUUCGCGACUUUGUCAAGGAAAAGGACAUGGACUACACAGUUGUUAUCGACAAGGCCCAGACGCUCAAUGCCAAGGUGUUUAAGCCAAGCGGUGCGCACGGAAUCCCAUUCGCAGCAGUGAUUGUGAACAACAAGAUUGAGUUCUCAGGACACCCCAUGGAUCCCCAGUUUGAAAAGACAUUGAAUGAGGCAGCAGCCAAGGCAACAUCAACUCGCAAGGAACCUGUUGCGUUGCCCUUGAUCACACAGACGUAUGAGGAGUUGAUGCAGAUGCGCCCCAAGGAGUUGCGACAGAUUCUGGAUGACCGCGGUAUCCGCACUGUCGGUUGCUCAGAGAAGGGCGACUUUGCCAAGCUGAUUCUCGACACCUGCGUCAAGACCCAGUACUACAAGCAAGAAUAG